AUGGUUGGGUCCGUUUUGGCCGCAGCCGAGCAGGAGAAAGACCACAUCAUUUGUGUUUGUGCCAUUGGGUAUCCAUCCUGGUAUAUGCCAACGACCAUCAAGUGGACCGUGAACAUGUUCUCUGCGACGCGCAAUCCGCUCUCGAAGCUCUUCUUCCGGGAUAGCCGCUUUGAGACGCCUUUGAGCACUGAGGCCCCGCCCUUCAGCCGUUAUGGGCGCUGUUACGAGGCUUGCCAAUGGGCUCCAAGUUCUUUCAAUGCUCAACCUGUUCGCGUGGUGGGACACGCCGAAGGGCAACGCUUUGACUUUUAUGGAGCCAAUAGUUCCCGCUAUUACACCCCAGUGGCCGUGGGCAUUUGGCUCGCGAACUGGGAAACAGGUUGCGAAGCCCUGAAGAUCAAGGGCCACUUCAAAAUCAUGGACAGCGAGAAGCUGGAUGUGCCUGCGUUGACGAAUGAUGGGCCAGUCUAUGACAUGAGUUGGAUUUGCUCACCAUGA